GGUUGGGAAGGGCGAGCUGAGGAAGGUGCCGGUGCCGGCCAACAGGUAUACGCCGCUCAAGGAGAACUGGAUGAAGAUAUUCACGCCCAUCGUGGAGCAUCUGCAGCUUCAAAUUAGGUUCAACUUGAAAACGAGAAAUGUUGAAAUCAAGACUUGUCAAGAGACAAAGGAUCUCAGUGCUCUGACGAAAGCAGCUGAUUUUGUGAAAGCAUUUAUACUUGGGUUUCAAGUAGAGGAUGCUCUUGCUCUCAUCAGAUUAGAUGAUCUUUUUCUAGAGUCAUUUGAAGUUACAGAUGUCAAACCUCUGAAAGGAGAUCAUCUGUCAAGAGCAAUAGGGAGAAUAGCAGGGAAAGGUGGAAAAACCAAAUUCACUAUAGAAAAUGUAACCAGGACACGCAUCGUUCUUGCUGACGCAAAAAUUCACAUUUUGGGAUCUUUUCAGAACAUUAAAAUGGCACGAACAGCAAUUUGCAAUCUAAUUUUAGGAAGUCCUCCAUCCAAAGUUUAUGGCAACAUUAGGGCAGUGGCCAGCAGAGCAGCUGAGAGGUUCUGAGCUGCACAACUCAAGGACAGGGGCUGGAGUCCUGGAUCCUGGAUGCAUGAGAGGCCUGGAGUUACAGAAACCAUCAGUCUUCUGCUCCAUUUGGAAGCCCAGAAGAAAACAGGACUGUUUGUGCAAUGUGACUGCCUUCAGACAUGUGGUCUGAACAUACUUAGUAUUUUUGUAUAGUCAUUAAAAGGUAUUUAAACUGGU